AUGGCGCCAACAACGCAGAGCGGGGCCCCUGCGAGGCGCUCUUGGCCGCCCCGGCUGCGGCGGCCGCGCGCGCCCGCCCUCGGCGCCCGUGCGCCCGAUGCCCCCGGCCCAGAAGCGGCCGGGGGUGGCAUCGAGGGUGGAACAUUAAGGAUACUCCAGAUUUCUGUGCGCGCCACCAACCAGCCAGAGCCCUGGAUCCCGUCUCCCUCCGUCCUGCUGCAGGCCGGAGCGAGCUGCGAGGCUCGAGUGCCCCGACGCUGGGCGACGACGCCCUCCGUGGUGGAGGCACUGCAGCGCCCCGCUCGGAGGGCCCUCGGGCGCGCAGCCCGCCGGGGGCGGCCCGGGCGCGCCGUCGACGACCCCGCGGGCCGGCCCGCAGAGACGGGUCGCAGGCCCAGCCCUCACGGCGAGCAGGCUCCGUCGCCCGCGGACCGCCGCGCGCCGAGGGCGGUGGCGGGAGCGGGGAGGGCCUCCUAG